CGAUAAGAUGGUUGGCAUUACAUGAUUUCCGAGUUCUGUCGGGUGCGAAACUAUAUCUGUGGGAUUCAUCUACUCUUUCCCCUUCCCCAACCUCUUUGUUCUCAUCAUUCAUUUGGAACUAUUGUGCUUGUCUUCCCCCCCCCUUCACCGAUCAGCAGAAUAGGGCUUUGUGUCUAGACUGAUCCACAAUCGAUUUCCAGUCCGGGAGGGGGAGACAUUUUCCUAUCUCUACAACUCAGGCCAUAUUCUAUACACACCUGCUUUAUUGAUCAUAUACUAUAUCCAACUUUCACCUGUCUAUCCGGCCUCGCCAAUAGAGCCUGACAGUUGCUGUCGGCUUGAUUUGAGCAUUACAAUAUGAAUCACAAUAUGAAAGACCACGCUCUGCCCCUGGGCAUCCACCGGACGGGAAGUCGACUGGGAGAACUUAUCGUGGCCGACACUCUGGUUGCAGCAGGUUCAUCGGCUCUUAUCACCCCGGCGGUGAUGAUCUUUGACAGACUCGUCGUUGAAAAGUCCUUCUACAAUCAGCCCAUGUUCCCAGCAUUCCGCCGACAUCUGUGGUUCUCUCUAACACAGCCCGCAACCUUUUUAACAUCUCGACCUGCCCUAUUGGUCUGGUCUCUCUAUACUGCCACCUUUGCAACUGCCAAUAUAUCCGAGACCCUGCUGAGCAAGGUCUAUCCCAAGAUCGACCAUGCUAUUGCAGGCAUGACCACCUUUGCCUCGACUUUUGUGGUGAACUCCUCCGUCGGAAUCUGGAAAGACGUGAAGUUCGCCCAGCUAUUCGGUCAUAAAAAUAAUGCUCCUCCUCCUUCUCCUCCAUCAACGACAGCUCCCUCCCCAUCUACACCAGCAUCUGCAUCAGUAUCAGCCUCCGCAUCUACAUCAGCAUCAGCGUCAGCGUCACCCUCUACAGCAUCUCCAUCCCCAUCUUCAUCUUCAUCUUCAUCCACCACAUCCCCAAAACCAGAAAGCUCCCUCCCCAAAACCGCCCGCUCAAUCGGCCGCACCCGCAUCCCCCUCGCCACAUACUCCGCCUUCCUCCUCCGCGACGGCCUCACCAUCUUCGGCUCCUUCAGUCUCCCGGCCAUGCUCUCCACCGCAAUCCCAGACUCCAUCGCCUCCCAAGAAUAUCUCAAAAUCCUGAUUGCGCAACUCGCCAUCCCGGCCUCCAUCCAACUCAUCAGUACACCCAUCCACCUCUUCGGUCUGGACCUCUACAACCGGCCCCAAUCCAUGCCGACAAAGGAGCGCGUUAGCCGUAUCAGCCGUGACUGGAUCGGUGCGUCGCUGCUACGCAUGUGUCGUAUUAUUCCUGCUUUUGGCAUUGGUGGGUUCUUGAAUACGGAGGGGAGACUUUAUUUGCAUGAUCAGUUGGAUGAGAGGCGGAUGCCGUCAUGAACUGAGCUUCGCUCCCCCUUUCAACUUUGCAUAUAAUCCUUACAUGUCCUUUGGAUAUAACAUAGCCUCUCACAUAGAAAUUAUAGAUCAAUA